GCAGACACUCUGAAUUUUGCAGAAGAGGGGAGGCCAAUUUGGUGCCUGAUUUUUUUUUUUCUUCCUCCGGUUGGAACGAGUGCGCAUGCGCCGGAAGUUGCUGCCGCAGACAGCAGCAGCCAGUGAUUUGGCAACAACAGAAAAAUACGUAGUAAAUUAAUGAACACUAAUGAUGUUUUAAGGCAUGUCUUUUCCCCAGGUUCAUGGAGAUGUGAGGAGGAGCGAAUGUCCCAUGUUGCAGUAGUGCCUCUGUGAAAUGCUGGCCUGUCUGCCAGGACCAGGUGAACUAUCCUUCCCGCUUCAUUCUCACUCGCAGAUGAACACUGGACUUCAGAAAUGGGACACUACACAGAAGAUGAGAUCUGCACAAUAUCCAACCCCAGCAGAAUUGGAUGCUUAUGCUAAGAAAGUUGCCAACAAUCCACUGACUAUAAAAAUCUUUCCAAACAGCGUCAAAGUACCCCAGAGGAAACACAUUCGCCGGACUGUGAACGGACUAGACACUUCUGGCCAGCGAUACAGUCCUUACCCAUCUCAGGCUAGCACUAAAGCAGGGUUGCUUGCCAUCGUGAAGGUUCCCAUAAAAGGGAUCAUCAAAGACUUUGACGGCAGCCGCACACGCUUGUUACCCGAAGUCAUCAUGAACCCCCCCAGCGGGCCCUACAUGACACCGAGCACUUUAAACCUCCCUCAGACUCAUCCCCACCCACAGGCACUAAUGCGCCCCCAAAUCCUACCGCAGCAACAGAGUUUGCAGCACCAACAGACUUUGCAGCUGCAGCAGCAGCAGCAGCAGCAAUCCCAAGGCUUGCGACACCCCCAGACUAUGUCUCAGCCUCCGAAUUUACAACACCCACAGCAGGGCUUGCCCCAAGCUCAGACACUAACCCAUCCACAGCAAAAUCUCCCCCACCCCCACUCCCACACCCAGAAUAUGGGCCACGCCCCUCCAAAUGUGAUACUGCAGCAGCCACCGCUGGGAUUACAUGGGAACAGGAAGAUGCCGGAUGCCGAUGCACCGCCUAACGUCACCGUGUCUACCUCAACCAUUCCGCUCUCCAUGGCUGCCAGCCUGCACCAAAACCGAGCGGCCGACCUGAGCAGCAUCGUGCACCAGAUCAACCAGUUCUGCCAGGCCCGGGCUGGCCUCGGCUCUACCUCGGUCUGUGAGGGACAGAUAGCGAACCCCAGCCCCAUCAGCAGGAACCUGCUGAUCCAUGCCAGCUCCCGGGUGUCCACCCACCACAUGCCCACCCCCAUGCCGUCCUGUAUCAUCAACUCCGUUGACCAGGCGGCGGCCGCCUCUGCUGCUGCUACAGCCACCGCUCUCCCUCCCUCUGCCAUGGCUGCCAUGAACAGAGUGCCCGCCGGGUACCAGAACGACAUGAAGCAGCGCUCCUGGAACCAGCACCUGCUGCCCCACCUGCAGCAGAUGUCUGAAAAUGGACUGGGGCAGCACCCCGGCAAGCACCACCCGAGGGAUCUCCCAGGGGGAUUUCCCUGCAAGACCCUCGGCUACCCCCAAGAGCUGUGUUUGGGCCAGCCCUUUAGCUUGAAACCCCCGGUGGACAAGCCCACGCCUUCCCCACCAGUCAAUGGAAUGCCUGGCGCCAUGCCCUACACGAACGGGCACUACUUUCAACCUGUCUGGAAUAACAUUCUGCCAACGCCAAACAGUGACAGCUCCGGGUCUCUGGAUCUGGCUAUGCCAUUCCAUGGAGGCCCCUCUGGGCCUUCGAUAGACUGCGUCCCGGGGACUCAUUACAGAGCUGGAACAGGUUCCUCCAACCAGACUAAUGUGAUGCAGACCAUGGAUUACCUGGGCGGGGACUACCAGCAGCCUUGCUUUAGGGAUCAAAAUCUAGGGAUGAUGGGCAAAAUGCAUAGGCCUCCAAUGAGUAGGGCGCCAGAACCAACUGAUAAUAGAAAUACUCAUCAUCAACAUCCAGGGUACAGAUAAGCUACAGCCACGUCUACACAAUCUCAAUCUGUUUUGGUCUUAAAAGUUUAUAAUUAGUAGCGUUGUUUUUGUUGUCGAACUUGCAUGUGAUCAAUAUUGCAUUUGCUGAACAGCAGACUGUGAUGUUGGGUGUUUUGUACUGUGCUGUUUGUCAGAAGAUAUGUGGGCAUUUUGUUUUGCGUUCUCCCUGCUCCCCUUGACAAACUGAAUAAGGGCAAUAGGUGCUUUUAUAGAACUUGCUUUGCAUUUAUCUUUUAAAUCUGCUUUUACUUGGUUGUAAUAGUGUAAGCAUCCUUGUUUUGAUUUUUAUUUGUUGGUAUGUUGUCAUUUAAUAUUUCCAGUGCUUUCACCAGCUGAGCAGCAACUUCUCUUUGCAGUAUCACCUUGCUAACCUUUUAAUUGUGUUCCCACUCCUGAAUAUACUGAAUACUACUUAUAGAUUAUCUUGUAACUGCACUAUUUUUAAAUAUUUUAUGUUAAUUCUUUACUGUUUUUUUUUUUAAACUCUUGCACUAGUGUAAGAACAUAAUGUUAGUGAUUUUAGUACUACACGUGUGUGUAAACACACACACACACAUACGGACUAGGGCUGCUAGAGUCUGUUUAAUUUAUUAAACGUUUUAACUUUUAAAAAUAAAUAUGGCUUCUGAUUUACCCACACUUUUCUCAACUGAUAUCUGUUAAGCCAUUUGUGUAUCUCAAUCACAACUGAGAAACGCAUUGAUAGUAAAAUUGAUUUAACAGGUAUCAGUUGAAUUCUUAAUUGAGAAGAAAAGUCGGGGGAAAACACCAAAAAUCAUAAGCCCUAUAUAUAAAUAAAUGUAUAAAAACAGUGAAGCAAUGUGACAAAAUACUAGCAUCGGGGGUACGAUAAUGGUCUGUUUUGACUAGAGGGCGAGCAUGAAUUGCAUUAUUUAAAGAAAAGUUAUGCAGUCUUCAAACACUGCUAAAAUCUGUAAUCCUAUCCUGCUUACUGUAUACAAGAGACAAUAACUAGUUAUGUUCACACCAAACUGACUAUUCCAAUUACAGUAUCACGCUAAUUCAAAGAAAGACUUGUGACAUUUGUAGGAUCCAAUAUUCUGUUUAUUUUUAUAUAUAUAUAUAUAUAUAUAUAUAUACAAAAAAUCAUUUUACUAAUAGCAAUAGUUUGUACUUGUCUGACUGGCCGCAGUAGGAAAAAAAAAAAGAAGACCAAAAAAUAUGUUUUCAGCCCGAGUUUGAUCUCAUUUCCUGCACUACUAGCAUACACUUGCAUUGUUGUUUGUCUGGGCGCCACAUCCUCUGUGCUAGAUCCAGCACCAGUAGUAGAAGCAGAUAUCGUAUGUACAGGAAGCUUUAUUAUCAUGUGCUUUAACAUUGUUCCCGUACUGCCGCUGAAACGAAGUUCUGCACAGCUUACAUUAUCGAAAUAUGCCCAGACAGGGCUUUGCUUACUUAGAGCUCUCAAAGAUGACUGCUAGUCACGUGAGCAAAAGCAUGCUGGACAUUGGGAGGUGAAUAUCCAGUGGCAAGGAUGCUACGUGACAAAGGGAGAAAGUAGACCACAAAAAAAACUGAGUAGCCGUUAUUUACAGACACCCUGUUAAUAUUUCACCUGCACAUUUUACAACGUUUUUAAACGAUCAAGCCAAGUUAAAAAUGUUGGACUCUUUACUACCGUUUAAACACUGAACUGUUAACACCUCUAAUAUGGACACGCUGUAUGACCCCUGUGACAUGGAUGUUUAAGAACCUAAUCUGCUUUAAUGGAGAGUGGAACCCACCCUUUUUAUUUAAUAUAAAAUUGGGAAGUGGGUCUAUUUAACAAGUGUCUAAUUCUGUAUAGCUCUUAGAAUUUCAGCUUUGUCAGUCAUUGAAACCUCUUAAGUGAUGUGUAGGUAAUAGAAGCUUAAAUGCUGACGUUUUAUUUGCCUAUAGAAGGCUGGGAUAAUGCAAGCACAACUACUUGCAUUCAUUAGAUUCCAUUAAGUCUUGCUGACCUCCAAACAAAUGGCCACCAGUCAAGUAAAUGCAUGAUUGUUCAUUUCCCAUUUAGAGACCUAAUGGAGGAAAGUAAACUCUGAAGAUGAGAACAAUUGAAGGUAAUAAAUGGAAUUACUGGCAUUUUCUAGUCCAUUAGACAGAGCUGCUUGUACAACUACUGCUACUACUUGAAUCACAAACUCUUGCAGAGGGAUAGGGGAAAACACUACUAAUACCAUUACAAUUCUUCCAAGCUUUUUGAAUGUUUACGAAGUCUCUUUAUUUUAUUCAUGUAUCCCUGCCCUUGAUGAUACAAAUGAAGGGUUUAUUGUUAUCUGUGAAAUGUGUUGAUCACAUGCAGGUUUGGGGGUAAAAACAGCAACAUGCAUUGUUUAUUUUAUUGUACACUGGCUUAAAAACUAUACUACUGUAACUUAAGUGUAAUAAUUCUGUAUGAAUGUUGCCUGUUGGUGUGGGUUUAAGUAACGUUGUGUAUGAGUGGACCCACUGGCACCUGCAGUCUCUAUGCCUCUGUUACAGCCCUUAAAAGAAGCCUUAAGUAUUUGCUCCUUGAACUUUCCUUAAACGAGCAUGGUAUAAAAGGAACAAGCGUUUUUUUUUUGUUUUUUUUGUGACGCUAGAGUUGGAUAGAAAUGAUUUAGUUUCUUUAAAUGAAAAAGACUAAAGUAAUAUUUUAUUGUAAUUUAAGUUUUGAUAGAUAUGUGUAGUACUGGGCUGUAACAAAUAUCUUUUCAGGUUUCAAAGCUUCAUUUUUGCAUUUUGUGACUAUUUAUAUUACUUGAUUUGCUUAUUUAAAUUGAUUUUUUUUUUUUUUGCUAUUGCUGUCUGUCACGAGAUCCUUUUUAAAAUAGGGACUUACCUGCUGCAGCAGCAUUGGGCAAAAGCCUGUGGCUAUGUCAACAAAGAUGAGAGAGUGAGGUUUGUGCUACCCUUUUGUAAUAUUGUAAUAAUAAAAUAAAGUUCUAAUUUAUGCUUUGAAGGCAGUGCCAUACAGAUGUCCUAUUUAUGCAUAUGUUAUCUCCUUUAAAAUCUAUUUUAUAUGCAAGCCUGCAGAGAUGAUUCUAAAGCACUAUGUAACAGUAUAGAAGUGUUACUUAUCUGGAGAAAAUUUAACAGGGGUUGUGUUUUAAAUAAUUGUACUAGUUGGCUAAAAACUGUUAUGUACAUGUUUGCCAUUUGAAAGCUUUGAAGCAUGUGUGUUUUUUUUUUCUUUUUCUUUUUAAUAUAUAAAGGUUUGUUACAGCCUGAAACAAUAGUUAGACUGACACCUACUUGUUUUCUGCUUAUGAUGUGAAAGAAGUGCCUCCGCUGGACUGAAAACCAUUGUUUGAAAAAGAAAAAAAGAAAAAACUGCUGCAAAGUCCACUGUGGAGGGAGAAAAAUACUUAACUGCUGCUGCUGUGUUUAUUAAACAGAAUUACAGUUAAUAGUAUAUAGCUGCUUCUGAUGUGCUACGGGUAAAUUUUAUUUGUCUGCAGGAGAAAGAAAUAAACCAGUGACGCAGAUUCAUGCGCUGGCAGUUUUUGUAAAAACAAAAAAAAAAAGAAACAUAAAAAGAACAUGAAAUAAAACUAACAAUAGACUGCAAAGUUAAUAGCCUUGUUCCAUUGGGGAAGUGGGCCAUUUGCAAACCCUGAAGUGCCCUCGAGCACUUGGCUUGUAAGAGGAGGGAGGGGGUGGGUGGGGUUCAGUGGUCUGUAUCCAAGCACAUUCUUUUUAUGUUGUUCUUGAGGUUGUGGAGCUGAUGUAUUUUCAGGUAUGUUGAGAGAGCAUCCACAGACAUGUCCAGGGCAUCAGAAGGUGCUAAUUCUGUUCUGCCAAAUCAAGACUAUUAAAUGAAAUGUUUUCUUCAUACAAUGAUUCCUUGCUGCUUAUGAUUUUCCCUGUCUGAGAAGGUCAUGCUGUGUUGAACAAACACCAUCCCUUUUUAAGCACCUCAUAAUAAAUCUUACCUGUUCUUUUAUAAACUU